AUGUACAGCCAGCACCAGUGGUGCCCAACCGAUAUCCUGCAGCUGUAUGAGCAUCACCGCUGCAUGGGCUGCGCGACCUCGCGACGCCGCAAAUGCCAGAGGCCUUUACGCCGUGAGGACGUACCCAAAAUAAAACAUAUAAUAAACGAGCUAUCGGAGCAACGCCCAGACCCCGUACUCUUGCGGCCUACACUCAAACGCCUCGCUGUACACGGAUUAUGCGUGCGUGACCACCAAUACCAAGCCGAUGCCCUGGUAGAGACAUGGACGGGAAGGAUGCGUGCAGCUUUC